AUGGGCAAUCUGCCACCAGCAGAACCUUCGCCAUUGGCAUCAGUUUCCGGCGAGGCAACAACUACCGACAGCGAUACAAUGCAGCAAACGGCAGCUACCGGCCGGACGGAGAUGCGUCCGGUCAAGUAUCAUUACGCCGACUCGUUUUGGUGCACCUAUCUGGUGUCGGUGUUUGCGGCCAGCAUCGCCGAAACGGUAACCUACCCGCUGGAUCUUACGAAAACACGCCUCCAGAUACAGGGUGAAACGGCUGCAGUUGAUGCGGAAGGUGCUGUCAAGAAGCUUAAAUACCGUGGCAUGUUCGCCACCGCAACCGGUAUCAUCCGCGAGGAAGGUGCUCUAAAGCUGUGGCAAGGAAUCACGCCCGCCCUAUACCGACAUCUAGUCUACAGUGGAGUUCGUAUCGUAACCUACGACGCACUACGCAAAAAGCUUCGCAACGGCAGGGAACAUUUUUCUCUCUGGCAAUCGGCCCUAUCCGGUGUCGGUGCCGGUGCGCUGGCACAGUGGCUCGCCUCACCAGCCGAUCUGGUGAAGGUACACAUCCAGAUGGAGGGUAAGCGCCGUUUGCUCGGUCUCGAACCACGCGUACACAGUGCGGCACACGCGUUCCGUGAAAUAGUUAGCCGUGGUGGUGUGUUUGGACUGUGGAAGGGUAGCGUUCCGAAUGUGCAGCGUGCGGCACUAGUUAAUCUGGGCGAUCUGACCACGUACGAUACGGUGAAGCACUUCAUUAUGCACAAAACGGGUCUGCCCGAUUGCCAUCUGGUGCACAUUAUGUCGUCGAUCUGUGCGGGCCUGGUGGCGGCUACCAUGGGCACACCGGCGGACGUAGUUAAGACGCGCAUUAUGAAUCAACCGACCGAUGCUACUGGGCGAGGACUACUGUACAAGGGUUCAAUCGAUUGUUUACAGCAAACGAUCGGGAAGGAAGGAUUUUUCGCACUGUACAAGGGUUUCCUGCCCGUCUGGAUACGGAUGGCACCGUGGUCGCUUACGUUUUGGCUUUCGUUUGAGCAGAUUCGGGCCAGCCUUGGUGCUAGUGGAUAUUAGACUUUACGUUACAA